AUGACAAUCGCGCAGGACAAGUUCAGCUACAUGGUCGCCCUCAACCACUUCGGGUCAGAAGCGCACGAGUCCUCUCGCAAAGUGUUUCUCCAGCAGAUUGUUGGUCGUGCGGAAGCAAUCUUUGAUGCCGGUCCACUUCGAGACCAAAAGCCCGGCUCAACCUUCCAACAUUAUCUAGACGGACCAGUCGAGCGUUUGAGCAAGCAAUUGCAAUUGAUCCAGCAACACCUGCAUCCCUCGGCAGACGUGGACGCUCCGGUGUUUGUUGCUUUCGACGAUUACGCCGCUUGGCCCGAAAAAUUCAUACAUAGCAUUCGCCGCGCCUGGGCGCAUAUCACCGAGUUGAAGACACGUCUCAGCGCCAAAGACUGCAAGGAAGAGGGCUCGAACGAGACUUUGGGCGAGGAGUGCACAACACAAGCUUCGAGCAAGCCGUACAUUGCGUGCUUCUGGCUUCUCCUGAUAAGCAGUAGCACCAGCGCCGCCACUCGGGACCAGCCAGGAACUUACCGAAGUGAUCAGAAUCAAAUCAGGCCUGUCUCUCUGCCGGUGUUCAUCGCAAGCAGCUUUGACGUCCUCUGCUCAGGAUCGCAGGCAGUCCACCACGCUUCCGAGGUUGCGACCAAGUCCUACAUCUCUAUGAUGGGUCGUCCGCUUUGGGCGUCGCUCUUUGACGAGUCGUUCUGGGCUGUAGCCGUUCGCACACUGUUGGGUAGCGACAGCUUCAAUCGAUGCUCGGACAUCUCAUGCUUCAACGUCCUCGCCACUCGCCUUGCGUUGGAUUUUGUUCAAGCAACCAUCAACGACGACGGUCCGAUUCGCAACCAGGUUGAGUUCGCAGGCAAAUCAGUGGAUGUGCACAUGCGAAUCCUGGACAAAUUGGACAAUCAUGCUGUCUUGCACAUCCGAGCUCCCUCAGAACCGGUCCUCGCAAUAGCUGCCUCGCUGCUCAUGAUGCCAACCCGUGAAGACACGAUUCCCGAUGCAAGGUCGGAAGGGAUGCCGAAAACGCGGUACGGCUGCAUCCUGCAAGUGGUGGGCGGUCGCUGCCUGACUUCGACAAACAUAGACGUCUUAAGGGACAACCGCGGCGGCCUUGCGACCAAGCUCGUCCUCAUGACGGCGUGGGAUGCCGCCAAGCAGGUUGGAAAUUCUUUUAAGCGCUUAGAGGAUAUCGAAAAGCAGGCUUCCCACCUGCUGCAGCCUGUACUGCUCGACGCGAUCAUCGACGGUUUAAUCAAGCUCGAAGGCAACCAAGCAGCAGACAUCCGAGUCAGCAUUCAAAGCAUCUGCGAAAAGGUUCGCACGCAGUGUCCAGACCACGCCAACGCACAGGCUUGGGCGCAUCAUACCCACUUCGAUGUUCUCAAGGACCCGGUGCGCGACCUGUCGCCGGAGUACUUAUGGUACUGCUGGAAGCGCGGCGUAGCUAUCCAAAUGGCACCUGACCAGCUCGGAGUAGACGGCAUCAUUCCAAUCUUUGUUGGUGACUUGACCCGGCCUUUUGCGAACCUGACAACUCAACAGAUGGACACAGACGCCGCUCGUGGCGCCGAAGGAGACGAGACAUGGGCUGCCUGUCAUAUGACGUACAUUGCGUGGAAAGGCGAGGCCCAAUCCAGCAGCGAAGAUUUCGAGACGGCGCUGAGGAACCCAGUCACUGCAGGCCCGUUGCUUAGAUAUGCGCGCAUCCAGGAUGAUGCCUUGACACGUCGAGGCAUCCUCACCGUCUGGACUGACUUGAGCGCGAAGGACAAGCCUGCAAAGCUCGACGUGGUCGCGGACGCCGACAAGCCCAUGCUGCUGAUCCAGGGCGUCGCGCAAAAAGAGCCCCGCAACUACCCCUGCCUCGACACGCUCCGGAUUCGGUCAGUUGCGACCAGAUUCAUCAAAGAUGUUGUCAGCGGCCGCAAAGACUACGAGAAGCAGAACCGCAUGCACGACCCUGUGUCUCUUCGCACACUCGACGCAGCACUGGCCGGCGAGCCAGGAGACGCGGAAGAAACAUGUGCUCCUGUUGAUCUCGAUAUCAUCUUUCGUCCGCUAGUCGGCGACACGCCUGACGAGAGCACGCCCAGCGAGCCUAUGGAGCCUGGUGACCUCCGUCUGUAG